GGACGUUUCUAGCUUCAAGCUCAGUCCGACAUGCUCGAAGUUCAGGAAAGUGACGUCCUUGCCACAUAGCAUCGCCACCAGGGCAUUAUUUAAACUGACACAAGCCUCAUCUCGACUCCUUGAACACUGCCGUUUCAAGUAUACUACCUACAACACCAACAACUACUCUACUUCAAACUGCUCAACUUCCUCCAUUUUCUAUCCCGCCCACAAUGCCCGUCAGCUUUGCCCCAUCCAAGGAACAACAACAAUCCUCAACCAAAACCCGGUCCACAGGCAGCGCAGGCGCUGCCUCCCUCGAAGCCAUCGCCUACCUCCAACAAAAUGAAAUAGGCACACGCACACGCAUCGGUGCUUCGAGUGACGGCGUCGUUGCUCCUCCGCACUCCGAACGGCCUGCUGCCAUGGACUCGGGAAAUGCGCCUAGUGCACGCCAGUUGACCAAGGAUGAGGCGGAUCGGUUGUAUGAGGAGAAUAUUGAGGAUGAAUAUGCCAAGAGGGAGGGAGAUCGAUAUGAAUUACUAGAAUCACUCCUCAAGUAG